CGAAAGAAAGGCGGAGAAAUAAGGAACGAGAGGUAGAAAAUCAUUGACCGGUCGAGACUUCAGGUAGUCUGCACACAGAUUUUAAAACCUGUUUCUCUCUACUGCAUUGUUUACAGCUCUCCUUCAAAAAGUGUAACAUUUGGCAAUAAAACUAUUUACAAAGUAUAUGUAUAUAUAGGUGCAAAAUAUAUAUAUUUGAUAAACGAAUAGAAUAGUAAUGUAUACGCGAGUGAAACAACGUAUAGCAAGUGGGGCAAUAAAAAAAUUAUUCGCUCGAUCUUGUUCGACUAAUCCGAAUCAUGUUGAUAGAAACGAACCGAAACCUUUCGAAGACAUUCCAGGACCGAGGUCCUUGCCCGUUAUUGGCACGUUGUACAAGUAUCUGCCAUGCAUCGGUGAAUACAGUUUCGUCAAAUUGGAUAUGAAUGGUUUAUUGAAACUAAAGCGAUAUGGACCUUUAGUGCGAGAAGAAAUAGUACCAGGUGAAUCAGUGGUUUGGGUAUUUCGACCGGAAGAUAUCGCAGAAAUUUUCAAAGCCGAAGCGGGCUUACAUCCAAAGAGAAGGUCUCACCUGGCACUUCUUAAGUAUAGAACAGACAGGAGUAACAUCUACAACAAUGGAGGCCUUAUAUCCACAAAUGGCACUGAAUGGUGGAGACUGCGCCGUGAGUUUCAAAAAGUCCUUAGCAAACCACAAAACGUCAUCGAUUAUCUGGAGGAUACCGAUCUUGUUGUUCAGGAGUUUGUACGGCUCUGUUCCCGUGAAAAAACCGAUGAUUUCCUGCCGUUAUUCUCGCGUCUUUUCCUUGAAUUGACGUGUCUCGUUGUCUUUGAUAUAAGGAUGCAGAGUUUAUCAGAAAAAGAAAGACAUGAAAAUUCCCGCAGUUCAAGACUUAUCAAUGCAGCAUUUACGACAAAUAGUGCAAUUUUAAAACUUGACAAUGGCCCAAUGUUUUGGCGAUUUUUUGAAACACCAUUGUAUAAAAAGUUGCGCAGAGCCCAAAAUUACAUGGAAGAAGUAGCGCUGGAAAUGGUUACUCAGAAAAAUAAAGAUUCGUCAAUUUGUCGAAAACAAUCACUUCUCGAACAGUACUUGAAAAAUGAGAAUUUAGAUAUCAAAGAUGUCGUGGGCAUGGCAUGUGACAUGUUGCUCGCUGGCGUAGAUACUACAACAUAUAGCACGGCAUACGCUUUAUACAAUCUUGCAAGAAAUAAAGAUGCCCAAGAAAAGCUGAGAUCGGAAGCUACGGCUUUAUUAACAGAUCAUACUUCUCCAAUAACAGCAGAUACUUUGAGGAACGCCGUAUAUACCAAGGCUGUAAUAAAGGAAACUUUUCGUAUGAAUCCUAUCUCUGUAGGAAUAGGCCGUAUUCUGCAAACCGACGUGAUCCUUAGCGGAUAUCACGUUCCCCGAGGAACAAUAGUUGUCACGCAGAAUCAAAUAAUUUGUCGACUUCCCGAAUAUUUCGACGAACCGAAUUCGUUCAUACCAGAAAGAUGGUUACGCGAUGGUAACGAUGAAAUAAAUAAGACGAGAGAAAAAUCUGUAAAUCCAUAUAUGGUACUGCCCUUUGGUCAUGGCCCGCGAUCGUGCAUCGCGAGACGAUUUGCGGAACAAAACUUGCAAGUUCUCUUACUUCGGAUAUCUAGAAACUUGCGGUUUACAUGGUGUGGAGAACACCUCGGUUCACUUUCAUUAUUAAUAAAUAUACCUGAUAAGCCGAUUAAAAUAAAAUUCGAAGACCUAUAUGCAUAGAAAAGUUAAAUUAUUGGAAUUAUAACAACACUC